AUGCAGCAAAAGUACGAUAUCGUCCUCCUUGGAGCAACAAGCUUCACAGGAGGCCUCAUGGUGGAAUACAUGACUGCAACUUUUCCAGGAUCCUUGCGAUGGGCGAUUGCGGCACGUAACAAGGCAAAACUUGAAGAAGUGGCCAGAAAGUUCAAUGUCGAGGCUUCAGGAGGAUCCAUUAUCGUCUUGGAUGUGAAUUCUGAAGCAGAGAUCCAAAAGGUUGUAAAGUCAACACGAGUCAUCAUCAACGUUAUAGGGCCGUACCCGACGACUUGUGGAUUGAUAAUGAUUGUUACCUGUGGCUUGGAUGCUGUACCGGCUGAUCUAACAACAUACCUCGCGGUGUCGCAUAUACGCAGAGUCUUCAACACACCGACACGCGAAGUCAUCGUCUCGUUGCAAGAGAUGAAAGGUAUUAUUAGCAGCGGUACUAUCAACUCAAUCGCCUCUGUUUAUACCUUAUACGGGCCGGGCCGCUACGAAGAAGCAACCGCGCCGUUUGCAAUCUCGCCUCGCAAACCCGUAAGUGAAAAGGUAAACACCAGCCUUUUCCCUGCUGCUGACUUCUUCGGGAUACACACUGUAGAUGGCCUCGGCCGUGUAGUGGAGAGUCAGGAACAAGGAAACGAGAGAGCUAUUGUGGGACGAAGCUGGGGCCUAUACGCACCGGACGAUCCCAACACCACAGAUGGAUAUGGGUCCAACUUUCACUUCUCCGCGCGAGCACGAUUACCUAGCACUCUGUACGACUUCAUCCAAGUUUUGCCAUUCCUUGGGCUCGGCCUAUUUUUAAACUUCUCCGUCACGCGAUACAUUCUCACUAGGUUUAUCUACCCAGAGGGUUACACCCCAACCUCCAAACAGCUCAAGGGCGGUCAUCGAUUUAGUCAUCGAACACUGGCAGUGGCUGACACAGGCGACGAGUCAAAAGCAAAGAGGGUUAUAGUGGUCUUCAAAUUCCAGGGGGACCAGUAUAAGUUUACUGGCAUCGCAAUGGUACAGGCUGCUGUGACACUUCUUGGGGGUGGGACAGAGGCGCAUCGCAUAGGCGGUGGUGUCAUGACACCAGCGAUGCUUGGGGAUAAUUAUGCAAAGAAUCUACAGCGUCCAGACUCGGGCGUGGUGAUCUCGAUCAGAGCAGAGGGCUGA